UGGACAAUCACAGUUUUCACUCAAAAAUAUAAACUCAAAGAGUUCAAAGGUGGUCUUUAUUCGGGGUUUAGGCUCCAAAUAUGAUCCGCUGUUCUGUGAUUGUUGUGAUUUAUACCCUUACAGUGCAAAUCGUUGCCGAUCCAAGCUGUCUGAACCCACCCCCGAAUAAUUUUAUAACAAGUUGCUGCGUAAGAAAUGGACAUUUGCGGGAUAUUGUAGCAAAGUGCAAUGAAAUGAUUCCAGCCCAGACCGCUGCAAGGAGCUUUUGCCAUGCUGAGUGCGUUUUCAAUGAAACAGGAUUGUCUGCAAAUAAUGUCAUUCAGCAUGAUAAGAUGGUUGAGGUUACAAAAGAUCUCUUCAAGGAUACGACAGAAUUUAUGCCAGUUAUAGACGCAGCCAUGAAGAAGUGCAAAGGUGUCGCUGAAGCUAAAUUGGUUAAAAUAAAUGAAAUCAAACUUGAUGGAGCUGAUAAAUGUCAUCCUUUACCGGCACUGAUCAUGAGCUGUUUCCUGGCUGAACUGUUUAUAAAUUGUCCAGCAUCUCUGUGGCAAAAUACCGAAGAGUGUACCCAGGCAAAGACGUUCAUGACAGUUUGUAUAAUGAACUAAGGCCCAGGAGUGUGAAGUGCGGAUUAAUGUUUGUAUUUGU